AUCUGGCGGCCGAUAACGGCAACUUUCUUCUUCCCAGUGGGACCUGGAACGGGAUUUCUCUACUUGGUGAAUUUGUAUUUCUUGUAUCAAUAUUCCUCACGACUAGAAACAGGGGCUUUUGAUGGAAGGCCAGCAGAUUACAUGUUCAUGCUCCUGUUUAACUGGAUCUGCAUUGUUAUAACUGGCUUGGUGAUGGACAUGCAGUUGCUGAUGAUUCCACUCAUCAUGUCAGUACUUUAUGUGUGGGCCCAGCUGAACAGAGACAUGAUUGUGUCAUUUUGGUUUGGAACAAGAUUUAAGGCCUGUUACCUUCCAUGGGUUAUUCUGGGAUUCAACUACAUCAUUGGUGGAUCAGUCAUCAAUGAGCUGAUAGGAAAUCUGGUUGGACACCUGUAUUUCUUCUUAAUGUUUAAAUAUCCAAUGGAUUUGGGAGGAAGGAAUUUUCUGUCCACACCUCAGUUCCUUUACCGCUGGCUGCCAAACAGGAGGGGAGGAGUGUCGGGCUUUGGUGUCCCUCCUGCCAGCAUGAGAAGGGCUGCAGAGGAUCAGCAGGGUGGUGGAAGACACAACUGGGGCCAAGGUUUCCGGCUAGGGGACCAGUGAGGAGCUCCUGCCCUUGGAAAUCAGCAACUCUUCGGUGUCAAUUGGACGUGGAACCGACCGCUCCUCUGCAGAGCGUGCUUAAGAACUGAGCUCUCUGCAGUACUCUUGGAUUCAACUGAUUAGAAAGAAUGUUUCUGGUUCAAGAGCAAAUUAAAAAGUCCAGAAGGAAAACAUGUAGAUCUUGCUCCAGGUUAGCCAGUAGUGUCCAGUGUGAUUCUGCCAUUAAAAAUAAGCCUUCUUUAUACAGUAUUGUCUGUCACAACAGGAUCCAUUGGCUGUCCCGUACCAUGAUGUGAUGGAACAAGCCAGUGGUAUUCUAUCUUGCCUGGUAUGUUAAAAGCUUUGUUGACCACAGUAAAGUAAGAAUCUAGUGUGAGGCAGAUGUCUCAAACAAGCCCCCAAGUUUAGGAAGCUGACUUUUUCCAUAGCUGUGCUUAAGUCCCAGGGUCUUUGGAGACAUUAUUUAAAUGAUAUCUCUCUGAUGCAUUCAUAAAGCAAAUUGCAAAUGUUUCAUUUCUGUUAUUAAGCUGUGUUCUGAGCAGAGCUGUUUCUUGCCAUGCAGCAUUUGUCCUACCUGCUACAUCAUGGGCUGGGCAAGGCUAAGGGUUAGAGGGCUUUUGUUUGAAAUGGCAAUAACAGAUACUCACAGAAUUGAAAUCUCCAAACUCUUCGUGGCAUGUUACAAAGCUUGUUCUGGUCAAACUGAAGUCUGGUAUGUUUUUUCAACCCCCUCCAAAUCUGUGAAUUCUUGGCUUCAAGGUUUCUCUUUUGAUUGCCAAAUUGGGUAGCAUAAAUACUGCUUAAACUAGAAAAUGUAACAUUGUUGUGGUUAAGGGCACCGACUGCAGCAUUGUUUAACAGAAUCUUCAGCUUUAUCUUAAAAGCUUUAAGAUGUCUAGGAAUAAAAGCUGGAAAUAAUCAUUUGCAGGGUGAAGAUACAAUAUAACAGGUUACUGCAGGACUGUGUCAAAUAAGAAAUUGCAUACACUGUUUAUUAGCAUCUGUACUAUUUUUGUUAAAAACGUUUGACAUGGAAAAGGGAAUGAUUCUGUACAGUAGUUUUCCUUGCACUGGGUUCCCAUGGGCAGAGCAUGUGGCUAAGAUCCAGGAAGCUGUAAUGCCAGCUUGUUACUGACUCACUGCAUGCUCUUCGCAAACUUCUUACUUAUCUCAGUUUUCCCAGCAGUAAGGAGGACUCGUGCAUGUCUCACAGCAUUCUUACAAGACAGCUGUCCCUGACUCCGUAGCUGGGAGCUGCUAGUGAGCAAGUAAGGCUUAGGUUUACAUAAAUAAAUCCAACACUUAGCUAGGAACACAGUUACUCUAACCUUAACCAAGACUAAGUCAGAAUGUAGUUGCUCACUUUUUGUUCUGUAGUCAGAGGAGGAAAAGCAUUGUCACUAGGAUGAAAUUUCAAGUCUGAUGAAUUGUCCUUUAGCAUUUGUCUAUUUUUUUACUGGGUAAGUGGGGCACAGAAAGCUGUUCUGCCCCAACUUGGGUAUCUCAGGUAAUUCUAAGUAGGUGAAAUGAAUCUGGGCUGAUACAUUUUUAUUACUACUUUGUUUCUUCACUAAACUUGGGUUCUGAAGGUGUAAAAACUUGUAAAUACUAAGUGAUGCAAAGGUGAGUGGAAAAUAAGCAGUUAGACUGGAAAUUAAAAA